GACAGUCCCAGUGUGCGCACCGCCAGCAGGCUGAUCGUUGUCUACUGCUCCGCACCAAGUCCUGGAAAAUAUCCUGCGGAGCCACGUAAACACCGCUUCUUUCCUUAUAUAACCAACGAGAGACUAAACUGCAGCAGAGUACCAGUGCCGGUCCAAGAGAUGUCCUGCGUGCAGAAUAUGAGCACCUUACCUCCCCGUAGUACCCUGUAACCAAUGGCAACCUCAGUCCAAACUCUUCCUCUGACCCGUGGCCCCAACAAAAACUACCGUAACCCGCUGCCCCUUUCGUCCCGCUGCGGCAUGGGAAGCGUAGGCAGUCUGGUGGAGAGGCCAGAUGUGUCCCCGACCAAAGCCAGCCGUGCAGUGCCCCAGGUGAGACCCAAACAGAGCAACGGCCUCCUGAAGAAAGGCUUCACCCAGAGAGAGCUGCUCAACUACCUCAACAUUACCAGAAAAGAGCCAAAAGGAAGCGCAAGCAGUGACGGUAAGAAGGACGUUAUCCCUGGCCUCAGCUCUUCCAGCGGCCGUGAGGAGGACAGCUUAUACGCCAAGGUCUACCAUAAAGACGGCACCGAAGUAGAUUUGACAAAGAACUCACUGCCAAGUGGGGGCAAGUACGAAAAGGGUCGUUUAAGGUCUGCCUUCAAGCCGGUCACCCCAAAAAAUUUCAGCUCCAUGCAAAACCUCUUUCCCUCCUCCAAGUCGGAGGAUGUGGACCAUGGCAUUUCCAACGGCCUGCACAGAGCCUACGCCCACGUCCCCAAAGCUGUCUCCACCUCCUCCUCCUCCUCCUCGCCCUCCCGUCAUGGAGGACCGACUUCCAGUGGUAACAAGGCCCUCUCCUCGGUGCGUGGGAUGAGCCAGGAGGAUGAUAACCUGUCAGACUCGGGCCAUAACUCCAUGAGCAGCCUGCCGCCAUACCGGCCUCCCUUCCGCCCACACCUGUCUCACAUCAGUGCAUCUAUGGGCCACAUCAACACCAUUGGCUCCCUGGACCGCACCUCUCUGGGCCCCAAGGCUGUAGGACCAGGGGGCGUGGCCAUAGGAGAGAUGGCAUGCCGGAGCAUGGCAACCCUGAGCCGUCUGGCUCCAUAUGGAGGGGAGGCUCCGCCCCCUUAUGAAUGGACACUCUCCCUGUCUGUUGAGGAGGUGGUUCGGGACCUGGAGGAGCGCCUGGUGGAGAAAGAACACGAGCUGAAACAGAUGAAAAGAAACCUGGACGAGAGCGAGGGCGCCAUUGCUCAGGUGUUCGAAGGGAAACAGCGUCUGUGGGAGAAGGAGGUGGAGGAGCUGAAACGCCUGUAUGCCGCCAAGCUGCGUCAGGUUUCCCAGCAUGCCCAGCGCUCCCAGCGAAGCCUGCAGUUGCAGCUAUUCAAGGCCCAGCAGGAGAAGAACCGACUGCAAGAGGAGCUCGACAGCCUGAAUAAAGAAAAGAGCCAAGAGGCCGGAGCCAUCGCAAAGAGAACCAGUCCGACUCUGGAGGAGACGCAGUGGGAGGUUUGCCAGAAGUCGGGGGAGAUCUCCCUGUUGAAGCAGCAGCUGAGGGACUCCCAGGCGGAGGUGACCCAGAAGCUGAGUGAGAUCUUCCAGCUAAAGACGCAGCUCAGGGAGACUCGCACAAAUCUGCGCAACAGGGAGGGCCAGCUAGAAGCGCUAAAGCUAGUCCUGCAGGGGACGCAGCGCCGCAGGUCUCAGAAUGCACAUGAGGACGGGAAAGGAGCUGAGGAGAGUCCUGCAGCUGGGGCAACAGGAGGGUGCGGGGGCCCUACGGAGGAGCGUCUGCGUGCAGAGCUCCUGCUGGAGCGACGCCAGAGCGAGGCCCAGGCCAUGGCUUUUGAAGAGGAGAGGCAGACAUGGCAGACUGAAAAGGACAAGGUCAUCCGCUACCAGAAGGAGCUGCAGGCCAGCUACUUAGACAUGUACCACCGCAAUGAAGCGCUGGAGAGGGAACUGUACCUGCUGAGGGCCGGCAGAGAGCAAGGAGGAGGAGGCGGAGGAGGAGGAGAAGGAGGAGGUGGAGGAAGCAGGAAUGGGACACUGGAAAGGGAAGUGCCAGAGUUGAGGAGUGAGAGAGCGGGUGAAAAACAAGAAGACAGGCCUUCGUCUGGUUUGCCAUGGAUAGAUAGAAUUGAAUCCUCUGAAAUUUAAAUGUGAGAGACUUACCAGCAUUUGCAAUGCAAACUGUUUUCUCCCUCAAGUAUGGUUUCGACAGAAGCCCACGCCCACCAGGAGAAGAGAAAAAAUAGACUUACUGAGUUGAAAAACAUUUUUACUUACUAAGAUAAGCAUUUUAAGAAACAAGUUUUGACCAAAGUAAAAAUGAAUUUAGAUAGUAAUUAGUAUGAUUAAAUCAUUUCAAUUUAGAAUUUCUAAGUCAAAUUACUUUUUGCAUUCCUCAAACAAAAUGAUGUGUAAUUUUAAGCUAAUAUGUAGAAAUGAUCCCUUACUAAGUCUAAAUAAUGAGCCAUUUAUGUUUCCGCUUCAUUGGGGAAAACAGCCCCUUUCACAUUAAAAGGACCCUAUACAGUGUCAGUUUACAGGGCCCUGUUCAUUCCUAUGAAAGUUGGUCGUGGCGAUGAAGCCAACUUCUGUGUAUGAAACUACACAGAUCUUUCACAUCUAUGGGACUAUAGAGCAAGCAAACUAGAGACCUCCGCUGGCUGAGCUGGCUACCUCUGGUUUUGCGAUACGCUAACUUGAAUGCAGAUAAAAUUAUAUUAUCGUUGAGCUCAUUUAGACCUUUUAAAUGUUAUUGGAUCAAUUGGAUCAAAAUCUGAGCUUUUCUUACAAAAAAUGCAUCAACUGAUUCACAGAUGUCUUUUUCCAUAGGGUUUAUUCUACUUUUCUUCUUCUCCUGGCAAAACGGGUCUCAUGUCCCUUUCCUGUUCUCUGCCCAUGCACCAUCGUUGAUUGUUUGAUGCCCUGAUCCUGCAAGGACUGGACCAAUAACAUCCUACAGAACACGUAAAUACUAAGGGAAGCUGCACAGCACUGCUGUCUGUGCCUGGUCUAUCCUUGGUGAUGUGGUGUCAAUUCUGUAAAAAAAAUAUAGCCAAACACCAAGACUAUCGGGCUCAAGACUCCUGUCCAAUUAUAAACCUGUAAAUGAGAAAAUUGAUAACCUGAUUGUUUCUAUCUCGUGUUACUUUUUGGUUUGGACUGGUGUAUAGUCUUGAUAGUAACCAAAGGAAACCAAAGGGAUUUAGUGUGGCCCAGUAACAUCUGAGCAGCUGUUCAGUCCCUGCAGAAGGUUCUGUGGAUUCAGGGUUCACCUGGGUUCUGUGAGGAGAGCUGCAUCUCUGGGUUACCUAACAAGGAUUAAAGCAUUCUGGUGCCAAGGUACUAAUGCUAUGUCUUUGCCAUCAAGAAAACUGUGUACCAUACUUAAGAAAUGUUGUUUUCUUACUUCCAGCUCCUGUCAGGUGAGAUAUAUAUAUUUUGUACAUAAUGUGAUUUUGAUUUAAUCUGCCUUUUUGUCAUUGUAUUUCAAGCACACAGUUGUCUUAAAUGGGCACAAGUUUUGAUUGCAAUGAUGUAAUCAACAGAUUAAGA